GUUAGUCUUUCUUUAGUGUCAAUUACAUAUAUUUUCGCUGCUGUUAAAACAAAAUAAUUUUAUAUCAAAAAGUCGUUCAAUAUACUUAUAUAUUAUCACAAUCUAUCUGCCCAGCAUGGCAUAUUUUAGAUCUACUGUAUCCCAUUGUAUGCUAAUAACACCCAUGAUAUUGUGAAACAAGACGCUGUAAAGUUGUAUACCUCUAUUUGUGAGCACUUCCGAGUGUAACAAUAAAUACACAUUCAAAAAAAAACGAAGAAUGAAAGUGUAGUCUUUUAUGAACUAGCAGAACGCUUCUCUUAUUUUGUGCGGAAAGAAUUUUUGCUUUCCUUUUUCAAUGUCAAACUUUAAUUCAGUGCAUUGAAAUUCGAUUAACAGAGUUUGGUAGGCUUCUAUUAUCAAAAGAAUUGUAAGAAAAAUUCUUGAAUCCGCUUGUUAUGUCAGUAGAGACAUCUCCUGACAUAAGAAGGCCCUCUUUAUCCCUCUAUCAUACUCAUGAGAUGGAACUGACUGGUGGAAGAGAGGGAGAGAGAGAAUACGUAUGUUGUUUUUAUCAUUCGCUUGUUUGUUUUUGAAAAAAAAGAAAGGGGAAUAAUAAAGAAAUCGAGGAAAAGGACCUAACACCGCUGCUAUUUUAUAUUUAUAAAGGUAAAAUUUUAGCCUUCCACUCUUGAUAUUCAUAUUAAAAUGUAUGUAUAAGAAAAGUUUGGUAACGGUUUAAGGGAAUCCACCAAGUUAAAGGAAACAGUAUAAAAUGAAUAGAGGUCACGCUAUAACUCUCAUCACGGACCAAUAGAAUUCAGAGUUCGUAAACCAUGGAUGUUCCAUAUUUUACUAAAAUUGAAGUUCAUUGGUCCGCCAUUAGAACUCCAAUGUAGCAUCUAUUCAUUUUGCACUGUUUCCCUUAACUCGAUGGAUUCCCUUAAACGGUUACGACAAUUGGAUUACAUAUUCUGAGUGUGAUCAAGCGAAACCCUUUUUAAAUUGCUUUAUAGUUAUCAAAAUCCUGUAUGUUUGCGCUCCAUCAUUUUUUUUCUUGUUUAUAGCUAUUCUACUUCUAAUUUUAAUUCUGUCACUAGUCCAUUAAUGUUACAAAUAAAAUGCACUUACGUGUUACGUAUAACUGGAGAUUAGAAGUUUUGUAUUUAUCAGUGGCAAAGUUGCUUGUUUUUUCCUACACAUAUAUAUUUAGAUCUAUCAGCGAAGCUUGACUUUUUCAUCAUAUAGACAGUUUUUCUCCAUGUGCUCACUAACAUAUAGACUUCGUUUUCCACAUAUGCUAUCCCUUGUUUGUUUAGCUUAGCUUUGCAACUCGUAUUGUUGCAAUUUUAGUUUGAUUCUAAUCGAUAUAACUAUUUUCUAUCGCAAAACGCUUUUGAGAAACUGACUACCAUACAAACAUUGCUGAUUUUUUAAUAAAAGGAGUUAAAUCUCCACAAUUUAAGAUAUUUGAUUAGCGACAAUAACUUUUAUUCUAUAUUUGAAUAGAAAAUAUUAUAAGAUAUCCAGAGAAAAACAGCUUUUUCUAAUUUUUUUUUCUUAAAAAUUAUUUUUGAAUUUUGGUCUAAUGAAAUAAAAUAAUUUUAUUUAUUUUAUCAUAAGAUAGUGGGACGACAAGACGAUAAGAUCUGGUAGGAUGAAACGCCUAUUGAUUGUUCUUUGUUCGUCUCACUAUCACAAAAUUCUCUUCCACUAUGAAAAAUAGUGUUCUUCCUCUCAAUUCAAUGUUACUCUUAAUUUUUCUUUAUAUUUCUAUUAGUAGAGGGAGUCAUUGUUCGGUGUUGUUAUUAUACCUAUUUUCUACUAAAGAAAUGAUUUUAAUUGAUUUCAUUUCAAGAGAAUAGUCGUCCACAGUAAGCGAUUAAAUCACUAAUGAAAGUGUAGCGAAUACCUCUUUCAUGUCCACAAAAUGCAUAAUAUGAAAAUAUAAUGCACUUAAAGAUGUCGUUCUCGGUUGUGGGUGUGGGUGUGGGUGUGGGUGUGGGGUGUGGGUGUAUAUAAUUAAAGACAAAAGGUACACCCACACCCUUCUAUCAGAAGGUGAUCCAUUUUUAUCCAGUGUAAUGAAUAAUGUUCAUGAAACUUCUCGUUAUUUUACUGGAGUUGGUGUCGAUUUUAGUAAUCGUUAAAGAAAUAAAGUAUGUGGAUUUUGUUGCUGCAUCAAAUAUUGUAAACAAUACUCUUAAUAUGUCUUUAAUAACCAAUGAAAGUUUAUGAAAUUGUUCAAAAUAUAACUUAUUACAAUUUGAAUAAUUGAAUAUUACAAAAGAAACCCACAAAUAGCAGCUAAUAAUCGGAAAACAGACAGGAUUUAUUUAAAUCAGAAAUGUUUAGAAAUUAUUCAUCAAGCUAGCACUCUCUUUUUAUCUACUCUAUAUACGAGUAAUAUUUCUGAUAAUGCCUCAGAUCUUAGAUUAAAUCAUCGUGGUGGACUUCCUAGAUUUGUUCGAAUUUAUGAAGAGAAUGGGCAUACAUAUAUAAUUAUUCGAGAUUAUCCAGGAAAUCGAUUUUAUCAAUCUCUUGGAAAUAGUGAAACUGAUCGAGUUGUUAAUCUGGUCUUUACUUGUUUUACUACAGUUGAUAUGCUUCAUGUAACUGAUAUUGCUGAAAAUAUUUGUGAUAAUGAAGCUGAACAAGCUCUCAAUUUGAAAUUAUUUGGUUCGAAACAAUAUUCUCCAUAUAAUCCACCUGUUCGUUAUCUUGUUAUUGAACUUGAAAAAAUGGGAAUACCUUCGAAAAUACCUACUAGUCAUGCAACAUUAGUAGAAAUCAAGAAAUUAACAAAACAUAUUUCAAGAUUUACAUUUGAAUUGGAAGAAAAGAUUUCAUUUAAACUUGGAAGAUAUGUUAUUUUUGUUUUUUCAUAUUUAAUUCAACGAACAUAUCAACAUAUGAACAAUGAUAAUCCUCAAUCAUUCGAUGAUGACUAUGCUAAAAAAAUGGACUAUCUCUUCAUCUCCUCCACUUGA